ACAAAAAAAAAAAUCUACCCCCACUUAACCUAAAGACACCUUUUUUUUGCUUUUUGCCCUUUCUUGUUUUGUACUAAAAACUUGGCUUUUGAUCAUUAGCUAAACUACAUGCCCACAAAAAUCUCUUUUUUAGUAGCCAAAAUACCUCAAAAAAACAUUUCUUGUUUUCUUGAGACUUGAUAUCAUUUUGGAGUUGUAGUAGAAAAGAAGCUUACUACUAUAUUCUUGGUUCUUCAAAAUUGCAUCAAAAUCUAUUUUUCAAUACCUACAAGUGUGUAUAGAAUUUCAAUUUUGUCUCAUUUUUUUGGUUAAUACAAUGAGACAACAACCACCUUUUGGUGCUCUUUCAAGAACAAGCAGCUGCAAAAACUCCAAGAAAAUCAUUCCUUCCACUUAUCCAAGAUCAACUUCUAUAAACCAUGAUCCAAAUGAGAGUUUUUCAGAUAAAUCUCUUGUUCCAAAAAAUGGAAGCUCCACCUCAUCAACAAAUAUUAAUCGAAUAACCAAAACAAGAAUUGGAGUUUCAGCUCUAAUUAAGUCACUAAUCAGUAUCAUCUCAUUUCCCACUAUACUCCCUGCAUGCAAGUGGCUUAAUCUCCCGACCCAAUUUUCCAUUACACCGUCUCUUGGCCGGAAAGUCACCGGAACCCUAUUUGGUCACCGGAGAGGACACGUCAGCUUCGCCGUUCAAGACGAUCCGAAAUCAGAACCGGUACUCUUAAUCGAGCUCGCAAUUUCCACGUCGUCUUUAGUGAAGGAGAUGUCAUCUGGGCUCGUGAGGAUAGCGUUAGAAUGCGAGAAAAUGGUGGUGCCUCCGCAAACGGCGGCGCGGGGAGGUGGAAGGCGGCGGCGCGUGGAACUUUUUCAGGAGCCCAUGUGGACUAUGUACUGUAACGGGAGGAAGUGUGGGCACGCGCUUUCACGCGCGUGUACUGAUUCGGAUUGGCACGUGCUUGGUACCGUGCAGAGCGUGUCCGUCGGUGCCGGAGUGAUUCCGGUGGUGGACGACGGCCGGAAAAUUAGUGCGGCGGAAGGUGAGUUGCUGUAUAUGAGAGCUAAAUUUGAACGAGUUGUGGGUAGUCGUGACUCAGAAGCUUUUUAUAUGAUGAAUCCAGAUGGUAAUGGAGGUCCUGAACUUAGUAUUUUUCUACUUAGGAUAUGAAGAAAAGAAAUAGAAGAAAUUAAAAGGAAGAAAAAAGAUAUGGAAAUUAAAGAACAGAAAAAGGAAAAAUGAUAGUAUAUCUGUGAUGUUUUUGAGUAUUUCAUUUUGAUUAUAGUGUGUUUAAUUAGGUAUAUGAAAUGUUGUUUAGUGAUUUUGUACGUUGUCUAACUUAUCUUAUGUAUAUUGCAUGGCCCCAUAUAUGCAUGCCUUUUUAUUUA